AUGCGUGAGGUCAUCUCGAUUCACGUCGGCCAGGCCGGUGUCCAGAUCGGUAACGCCUGCUGGGAGCUCUACACCAUCGAGCACGGUCUGAGCCCCGAUGGCCGCCUCAUGGAGGGCUCGCCCUCGCACAACGACGACGGCUUCUCGACUUUCUUCUCCGAGACGGGCAACGGCAAACACGUUCCCCGGUCGCUCUAUGUCGACCUCGAGCCUAAUGUCAUUGACGAGGUCCGCACCGGCACCUACCGCAGCCUUUUCCACCCCGAGACCAUGAUCACUGGCAAGGAGGACGCCGCGAACAACUACGCCCGUGGCCACUACACCAUUGGCAAGGAGCUCGUUGACUCGGUCCUCGAGCAGGUCCGUCGCCUCGCCGACAACUGCUCUGGCCUCCAGGGCUUCUUCGUCUUCCACUCGUUCGGCGGUGGUACCGGUUCGGGUUUCGGUGCUCUUCUCCUUGAGCGCCUCUCGACCGACUACGGCAAGAAGUCGAAGCUCGAGUUCUCGGUCUACCCCGCCCCCAAGAUGUCGACCUCGGUUGUCGAGCCCUACAACUCGGUCCUUACCACCCACACCACUCUUGAGCACUCGGACUGCUCGUUCAUGGUCGACAACGAGGCCAUCUACGACAUCUGCCGCCGCAACCUCGGCAUUGCGUCGCCCUCGUUCACCAACCUCAACCGCCUGAUCGCGCAGGUUGUCUCGUCGAUCACCGCGUCGCUUCGCUUCGACGGCUCGCUCAACGUCGACCUUAACGAGUUCCAGACCAACCUCGUCCCCUUCCCCCGUAUCCACUUCCCUCUCGCCACCUACGCCCCCGUCAUCUCGGCGGACAAGGCCUUCCACGAGUCCAACUCGGUCGCCGAGAUGACCAUCUCGUGCUUCGAGUCGAACAACCAAAUGGUCAAGUGCGACCCCCGCCAGGGCAAGUACAUGGCCUGCUGCCUGCUCUACCGUGGCGACGUUGUCCCCAAGGACGUCAACGCGGCAGUCGCCAACGUCCGCACCAAGCGCACCAUCCAGUUCGUUGACUGGUGCCCGACCGGUUUCAAGCUCGGUAUCUGCAACGAGCCCCCCGCCCUUGUUCCCGGCGGCGACCUUGCCAAGGUUUCGCGCUCGCUCUGCAUGCUUUCCAACACGACCUCGAUCGCCACCGCUUGGGCUCGUCUCGACAACAAGUUCGACCUCCUCUACUCCAAGCGUGCCUUCGUCCACUGGUAUGUGGGCGAGGGUAUGGAGGAGGGCGAGUUCAGCGAGGCUCGCGAGGACCUUGCCGCGCUCGAGAAGGACUACCAGGAGGUCGGCGAGGAGAGCAUUGAGGACGAGGACGACAUGGGAGGGGACGAGUAUUAA